AUAUACGUCAAAACAGCAGCUUGGUUAGCUCUUGCUAGCUAACCUGACGCUAGUUAGUGGUGCGUCAGGUUCACCAACCAACUUUAAUGGUUUUUCGCGUCUGUAGGCCAUCUUUGCUGUAUGCAGUGUCUAUUUUGUUAUGAGACAUGCAGGAUAGGUACAACGAAAUAGGCUUUGUCCAGCAAAUACUCGGUUUGAAUUUGGUGCCGAGAAAAAAUAGUACAAACCGAGGCAAUGACACAUCUCUCAGCGACUUCUCAGAGAUGUGGUAUGGCGUGUUUCUGUGGGCAGCGGUCUCCUCUCUUGUGUUCCACCUGCCUGCAGCUUUACUGUCCCUAGCCUCACUGCGCCAGCACAAAUUUGCCCGGUUCAUGCCCAUUGCGAUCCUCCUCAUGGGCAUUGUGGGACCAGUGUUUGGGGGAGUCCUAACUAGUGCAGCCAUAGCAGGUGUGUACAAGGCAGCAGGGAAGACGAUGAUAUCUUUGGAGGCGCUGGUGUUUGGUGUCGGGCAGUCGUUUUGUGUUCUCCUCAUCUCCUUCCUCAGGAUACUUGCCACCCUUUAGCAGUGCUAAGUUUGAUGUGGACUUUCUGGUGAAUACUGGCAAGAACAGUCCAGUCUGGGUUGUGAUGUCAUUUUCUAUGAUGCCCCAGGGUGGAUUUUUUUUUUUCUCAACUAUCAAGAGAAAGGCAAUGUGUAAAUUGAUGGAGUGUACGCUAUACAGCACUGAAUGCUCUAGGUGUUAAAUCAUUUGUAUGAUAUUGACUGUAGGACAGCAUGUUGCUACAUUCACAUCCAGGCCUCCCCAUACUACAUCCAAUGAAAGUUACUUAGCAUUGUCCCAAGUUUUUUCUAAAGUCAGGUGUCGAGCUGAAAUUCUCAGUUUAGGAGUCUGCGCUUUCAAACGUAAUGUGAAAGCAGCAAUAUGCUGUUCUCUCGAGUUAGCAGAGCUUACAGUUCAGCAGCAGGAUGACACUAACCUCUCUCAGGGGCUGUGUGAGAGCGUGUGUACGUUUGUGCGCACACGUGUGUGUGUGUGUGUGUGAGAGAGAGAGCGUGCGUGCAUGUGCGCAUGCAUGCACAUUUCUCUGCCAGAGUGACUGCAUAGAGAUAGAACAGCAGACGGGCUGUUGUACUGUUAAAAUGGGGGGAUAAUGGUUAUAUGCAAGGUUAAUGCUUUUUCUCUUGAGGCCUUAAUUUCUAUUUUCUACUUUCCAAAGUGGUGUUUAUCUUCAGGGCUAUCUUUCCUUAAUUCUUUGUCCUGCUGCUCCUUGGGUUCUCUCUGGUGUUUUUGGUUGACAUUUUUUUGACUGCCUGUGUGUUAAUAAUAAUAAUUCCAGGUUGGUUAGAAGCACCUAUAUGUCUCCCUCUACUCCUCUCAGCUUAUGUCUUUCACACAGGGAUACAGUGGAGAUGCUGUUAUAAAGCUGAUUGUUAAGUUCAUAGCCCUGAAAAUGCAGCCUGUGUCUUCAGAGCUUCUGUUCACCUUGAUUGUUCUGUCUUUAGGCUUGAUGAAGGAGGGCGACGAUGAUCAGAUUGCUAAAUCAACAGAAAGUGAUAUAAGUUUUUAAUCUUUUAGCUCUUUGAAUGAUAGUGUGUUUUUAAGGGUUAUUUUGUAACAAUGAACUGAUUUGUAUAUAUUCAAAAUUGUUUCCAGGUCUUUGUACAUUUUCAGUCUUUAUGAUUAAAUAUAAAUAAUUUUCUGCACUAAAUGUGCAUGUAUAAGUUUCCACAUUGUGACAGCUUUUUGGUUGAUUUUGGUAUCUGAGAGGUGCAUUUACAGUAAACUCUACAAGUAAAACACAAGUCAUUAUGUUUACUGUGUGUAUAUAUAAGUAACUAUGUCACAAGUAAUUAAGAUGGAAGAAAUGUAUUUGUUUUUACAGGAAUGAGGUGUGAUAUGGUCAGAAGCUUCUUCAACCUCUGUACACUAUAUAGGGCUCUAGGGGCUCAGACCAGUAAAUGAGCUGUGGACCCUACAGGUCCAUCUAAUUGGUCCUAAUAUAACAUUAAUUGCAUAAAGCAAAAAAAAGUUGAAGACUGACUCACAAUCCUGUACAAAAAGAAAAAAAAAGAUUCAAAGGUCUCCUCAAGCAGGCAGGAAAAGGUCAAGAAAGCCACUAAGAUGUCUAAGCCAUUUCCAAAGGAUGACUCUCUCUUAAUUUACUUUCUGUUUAUCUAUAGUUUUGAGUGGAGUCGACACAAGGUUUAACUAUUAUUGACAUUUAGCAUAUCUGCACCUUGCUAUAGACUGUAUAUGAUGUUAUAAGUUUUCAAAAUGAAGCCAAGCCAUGAAAGUGCCUUAAAGAUGCUCUUCUUAAAUUGUUAGCAGGAGCCUUUUCCACUGGUUCCAAGAAAUCUGGUUCUGUCCACUCUGAGAAAAUGCACGAGUUCCGUCAGGUUCUCAGUCACAUCCACCUCGUGCUUAUCACAUCCCAGUUACAAAAACCAAGGGUGACUGCUGAAUGCCUGACUCCAGUCAUAAUAUUUAUACUCACACGUUCAAGGUUUUUAGCUUGUACAGGUAAAACAGUGCAAUAAAUGUAUUACUGGGCAUAACUCCAAUCUUAUAACGCAUUUUACUAUUUUUAAUAACUGACUGUUUGGUAAGUCUGGCUUUUUUUUUGAUAAUUACUUGCUGUACAGUAAAGAUGACAGCUAGUCUCCUGUUACAUAUUAAAUGAUUUCUGCUUGUCCUGCAAGACCUCUGGAUCGUUUAAUACUGUUGACCAUAAUAUAUUUUAUUUUUUAUUACAACAUUUAGUGCAUGAUGUAGAUAUUAAAGGUACUGUACUGCGGUGGUUUGAAUCGUCUGUCUAAUAUGCUCCCAUUUGGUCAUGUAAGUGGAGUCUUCUUCUCACACUAAGGUUAAUUAUGGAGUUCCACAUGGUUCCAUGCUAGAACCACUUCUGUUUACAUUAUACACAUAUGCUUACUCUGAAUGGCAUUACCUUGUCCUCCAGUAACACUGUGAGGAAUCUGUAAGUCAUUUUUGACUAGGAUAGAUCCUUAAAUGUGCACAUUAAACAAAUAUAUAGGACAGCUUUCUUUCAAUAUCCUGUUUCAUAGGGUUCAGGCUUCUUUUCUGUGGAACCAGCUCAGUUUUGGAGCCCUCUCCACUUUUAAAAUUAAGCUUAAAACUUUCCUUUUUUAAAAAAGCACAUAGUUGGGGCUGAAUCAGGUGAAUCUGAAUCCUUCCUUAGUUAUAUUCCAAUAUUCCUAGGCGUCUGCGGGCUUCCCAUGAUGCAUUUUUUUCCUUUGUUUCUUCUUCACUCACCUUAUUAUUCUGUUUAUGCACCAAUCUGCAUUUAAUCCUUAGUUAUUAUUAAUCUCUGUCUGUCUUUUACAGCAUGUCCUCAUUUUGUUUUCCUCCCCUCACCCCAACUGGUUGUGAGCAUGUUUCUGACAGUAUUUUCUUCCUGUUAUUAAAGGGGAAUUUUUCCUCCCCAUUAUCACCAAACCACUUGCUCAACGAGGGUCCUACGAUUGUUGGGGUGUUCUGUGUUUGUUUGUUUGUUUUUAAUUAUUGUAGGGUGUUUCGUUUACAGUAGAAUGUGCCAUGAGGAGCUAUAUAAAUAAAAUCGAACUGUUGUCCAGCAGGGGCAUUCCAUCUGAAAUCAUUAUAGGCCUUCUGCUCAACCAUCAUGCUUGGUUGAAACUUGGUCAUGAAAAAAGACAAUGGUAAAAAGCACAGCAACAGAAUGGCAAAAAACAAAAGAAUCAAGGUACAGACCUCAACCCAGUUGAAAUAAUGUGGCACUCUUAAGAGAGUGGUGUAUAUAAAUGAACACCUGAAAACCUCAAUGAACUGAAGCAACAUUGUAAAGGAGGGUAGGCCAAAUUUCUCCACAAUGAUGUAAGAGGCUAAUAUUCAGAAACAAAACAAUUACUUUCAGUCAUUGCUGCUGCAUGUGGUUCUACAACCUAUGGGACCGUGGGGUGUACUUAGCUUUUUAUACAAUGUUCCACAAUGUGGAAAAUAAAUAAUAGUGACACUGUAUAUGUCAUAUUUUGCUAGUUAAUCAGUGGCUGUAUUUACCUAAUUUUAAUGCCUGGUAUGUACCUGCUAAUUAUUUAUUUCUUAGAAUUAAAAGAGGGUGUACUUUCUUUUUCA